AGCAGCAGCUUAAUUAGUUAGCAACUGAGAGGAGGUAGCAACGUGUCUGUGUUUGAGAGGAUCAAAAUUUCAUGUGGAGAUGGAUAAUAACAUAGGCAAUAAUUCAUCAGAGAGAGAAGGGUUUAAGUACAAUUUCACAGGCAGUAGUAUCUCUAGCGAUCAUCAUCAUCAUCAAGAAGAUGGGGUCAUCAAGGAGCAAGAUCGGCUGCUUCCGAUUGCUAAUGUUGGGCGGAUCAUGAAGCAAAUUCUUCCCCCAAAUGCAAAAAUCUCGAAAGAAGCCAAAGAAACCAUGCAGGAAUGUGUUUCUGAGUUUAUAAGCUUUGUGACUGGAGAAGCAUCUGACAAGUGUCACAAAGAGAAGCGCAAGACAGUGAAUGGCGAUGACAUUUGCUGGGCUCUUGCAACUCUUGGCUUCGAUGAUUAUGCUGAACCAUUGAAGAGGUAUUUGCAUAGGUACAGAGAAUUGGAAGGAGAGAAGGCGGCUCACCAAGGCAAGGCCAACAGUAGUGAAGAAAAAAACGAACUGUCACCACCAAGGACAAGUACCUCUAGUCCCUUAAAGUUCAAUGUGCUUGAAAGGGGAAAUAGCUCCCUCUCCCGGCGAUUUUGAGUGAUGAUCAUAUGAAGCGAGGUAAUUAAUAUACUUUUCAAAUUAGUGGUACUCUUCUUAAACUGUAUGAGUUGAAGGUGACGAUGAUGAUGAUGAUGAUGUUAUAAACAUGACUAUAGAUAAUUAAGUGGGAAGGUUUAAUUUUAGGUUUUUUUUCUUCUUUUUGUGUUUCUCAUGUGUGCUCAUAACUUAUUAAGUCCUGGGUUUCUUCUUUGGUUGACUGUUAUUAGCUCGAGAAUUACGAGAAAUUGGAGUUAAUCCUUUGACUAAUUUGUCUGAUGAGCAAUUAUAUCUCUACUUCUUAGUUUUCUAAGCUGUAAUUAGCAAGUAAUCUAUGACAUACUGUUAUCUUGCUAAUC